UACGGCUUGCUGUGCCUGCUGUCACAGUGUCACUUGCACAAAGAAAAAUGUAGCACCUUCAUCUUGCCGUUGGUCCCGGCUAUAAAUUCCAGCCCGCCUGUGAUCAUUCCCAACUCAUCAGCUCGAUCAUCAUCGUCUCCUCAAGACCAUAGCUAGCUAGCUCCACUAUACAGACCACCGAGGGCGCAUGGCGCUGACGAGUCACCUCCUGGUCGUCCUCCUCGGCAUCGCAGUGCCGCUGCUCUUCUUCUCCCGUGCAGAGGGGGGCGAGGUAGGCGUGUGCUAUGGGAGGAUGGCGACUAACCUGCCUGACCCGGCGACCGUGGUGCAACUGCUCAAGAAGAACAGCAUCACCAUGGUGAGGAUCUACGACACCGACCCGACGGUGCUGCGCUCGCUGGCCAACACCGGCAUCAAGGUCACGGUGGAGCUAACCAACGAGGAGCUGCCCUCCGCUGCCACGGACCAAAAUUUCGCUGAUCAAUGGGUGCAGAACAAUGUCAAGGCGUACUACCCUGCCACACUGAUCAAUGGCGUGACGAUCGGGAACGAGGUCUUCAAAGAGGCUAGUCAGUUGAACUCUCAGCUCGUCCCGGCCAUGACGAAGGUGCAAGCGGCGCUGGCUCGCCUGGGCCUGGCGGACGCCGUGAAGGUGACCACGCCCAUCGCGUUCGACGCGCUCAAGAUGUCAUUCCCGCCGUCUGAGGGCGCGUUCCGUGACGACAUCGCGUUGUCGGUGAUGAGCCCCAUGGUCAACUUCUUGCAGGAAACCGGGUCGUACCUCAUGAUGAAUAUCUACCCGUACCUUGCGUACCUGAGUACUCCGGGCAUGUCCAUCGACUAUCUCUUGUUCCGCCCCAACGUUGGCGUUGUUGACAAGAAUAGCAAGCAAACGUACUUCAGCCUCCUCGACGCGCAGCUUGACGCUGUGUACUAUGCGAUGGAGAAGCUGCCGUCCUCCAGCCUGCGUGCUGGGGGGAUGAGGAAGCUCACAGCAGGGGGCGGAAUACUGGAGGUGAAGCUUGGUGAGAGUCACCACCCAACCAGAGGCCACCAUGGCGUGGGAACAAGAGCCAACGCCCAAGCGUUCACCGAUGGUCUCAUGAGCAAAGUGCGUGGCGGUAACUCCGGCACCACCUCAAACAAAUAUAACCGGCUCGCCACCAGUGCUGUCGGCACCCCGCACCGUCCCAACGCCGAUCUUGACGUGUACAUCUUCGAACUCUUCAAUGAGGACAACAAGCCCGAAGACGAGCAGGACUUCGGGUUGUUCUACCCAAACCAGCAGCCCGUGUACCAAGUCGACUUCGUCCAUGGUGCCGGCCCCGUGCAACCGAGCUACUGCACCGCGAAGGCCACGGCCGGGGACGCGGCCCUGCAGGCGGCGCUGGACUACGCGUGCGGCCACGGGGCGGACUGCAGCGCCAUCCAGCCAGGCAAGCCCUGCUACAAGCCCAACACCAAGCUUGCGCACGCGUCGUACGCCUUCAAUGACUACUACCAGAAGAACGGCCGGGCCAGCGGCGCGUGCGACUUCGGCGGUGCCGGCACCAUUGUCAACCAGGCACCAUCAGGCCGCUGCGACCUUAGCCCGAGCUGGUGUGUCGCGAACGCAGCGGUGGGCGCCGCACGGCUGCAGAACGCGCUGGACUACGCCUGCGGUCAUGGCGCGGACUGCACUGACAUCCAACCUGGAGCACGGUGCUUCGAUCCCGACACCAAGGUCGCCCAUGCGUCCUUCGCGUUCAAUGACUAUUACCAGCGCCAUAACCAGGCCGCCGGAACGUGCGACUUCGCCGGUGCCGGUACCAUUGUCCGGCAGGCACCAAAGAUAGGCAACUGCGUGCUGCCGUCAAGGGCCUGAACUGAAGAAACUGUAGCCAAAGCGAAGCUUUACUACCACGAGAUUAAGCAAUAAUCCCGACAGAUUAUUGUCUGCUGCCGGCAAAGUCUAGUUUUCAAAUGUAAAACUGCAUGCUUUUCAUCAGGUGCUUAGAGCAAGUACAAUAAUGGGCUUAUAGCCUGGUUACGUGUCA